AUGAAGCUAAUUCUUUUGCUUUUCUUUGGAUGUGUCUUAUCGAUCAAGCUAAAUCCUGAGCGGCCAAAAAAUCUAUUUUUCCGGACAUCGCUAGGCUUACAGAUGAACACAGUAGUUUCUAAUCCUAAAGGCUUUGAAAAUAUUUUUGAAGAAGUUAAAGAUGAGAUCAGCUCUAUUCAAGCUAAGGAUAUAAAGAACAAUUCUCCAUCAGAAUUUCUAAGCCAUCCUAAUAAAGACAAAUCCUGACAGAACACUAAAUUCAAUGAGAAUUUUUACUCAUAUUCUCUUUAUCUCUCUAUUGGAAUAGUAUGCAUCUUCGGUGCCGUAUAUUUUUACAAAAAGAAAACUCUUGCUUUAAAUUUAUAUAAAUUAUAA